CGCCUGCGUCGCGGGCGGAAGGUCGUCCCUGUGACCGGCUCGGCGGUUCUAUCGUUUGUCGCCAUGUUGUCGGUCGCCGCCCGCUCAGGCCCGUUUGCACCUGUCCUGUCGGCCACGUCCCGCGGGGUGGCGGGUGCGCUGCGGCCUCUGGUGCAGGCCGCAGUGCCCGCCACCCCGGAGCCGCCUGUGCAGGCCGUGGGCCGGCCUUUGGUCGCCUGCGUGGGCCUCAAUGUACCUGCUUCUGUUCGUUAUUCCCACACGGAUGUCAAAGUGCCUGAUUUCUCUGACUAUCGUCGCUCCGAAGUAUUAGAUAGCACAAAGUCUUCAAAAGAGAGCAGCGAGGCUAGAAAAGGUUUCUCCUAUUUGGUGACUGCAACAGCUACUGUGGGUGUUGCAUAUGCCGCCAAGAAUGUUGUCUCCCAGUUUGUUUCCAGCAUGAGUGCUUCUGCUGAUGUAUUGGCCAUGUCGAAAAUUGAAAUCAAGUUGUCUGAUAUUCCAGAAGGCAAGAACAUGGCUUUCAAAUGGAGAGGCAAACCCCUGUUUGUGCGCCACAGAACCCAGAAGGAGAUUGACCAGGAAGCUGCUGUUGAAGUGUCCCAGUUGCGAGACCCACAGCAUGAUUUGGAUCGAGUAAAGAAACCUGAAUGGGUUAUCCUGAUAGGUGUUUGUACUCAUCUUGGUUGUGUACCCAUUGCAAAUGCAGGAGAUUUUGGUGGUUAUUACUGCCCUUGCCAUGGGUCACACUAUGAUGCAUCAGGCAGGAUCAGGAAGGGGCCUGCGCCUCUCAACCUUGAAGUUCCCUCAUAUGAGUUCACCAGUGAUGAUCUAGUGAUUGUUGGUUAGAGACUUUGAACUAAAGUUCUAGGCUGCUUUCAUUUUUCGUGUCACCUCAGAAGAGUUGAGGGCAAGCCUCCUGUACUUCUAAGUUGGUUGAUUUGAAAUAUUUAAGGAUUGUUAAUAAUGUACUUGCAAAUGUGAAGUAAAUUGAAUCUAAUGUUGAGUACUUACAAGCAUUCACUUAAUAAAGCUACUGUUAAACAUUGUUAAGCUCGGUCACAGACUUGAAAGGUGCAAUGUCUUUCAUAGCUAAUUCUAAUUAAAAAUUACAGACUGGUGUACAAUAAUAUAUUUGUGAAAUCUA